AUGCAGUGGCUGAUGAGGUUCCGGGCUCUAUGGGGCAUCCACAAAGCCUUCCAUGGCCUCUACCCUGCCCCUCAGCAGUUGCGUUGCCAAGCUUUAUCUGGAGUUGAAGCCCCAAGAUGGAAUGACCAUGACAGACCCGAGGAAUUUAACUUUGCAAGCCAUAUACUGGACUAUUGGACCCAGAUGGAGAAGGAAGGCAAGAAAGGUCCAGAACCAGCCUUCUGGUGGGUGAAUAGCCAAGGAGAUGAAGUAAAGUGGAGCUUCAGUGAUCUGACAGACUUAACCCGCCGGGCAGCCAACGUCUUCACACAGACCUGUGGUUUGCAGCAGGGAGAUAAUCUGGCCUUGAUUCUGCCUCGUGUGCCUGAAUGGUGGCUGGUGACCAUAGGCUGCCUCCGAACAGGAGUCGUCUUCAUACCUGGGACUAGCCAGCUGAAAGCCAAGGACAUUCUUUACCGACUACAAAUGUCUGGAGCCAAGGCCAUCGUGACCACGGAUACCCUUGCCCCAGAGGUGGACUCUGUGGCUUCUGAGUGCCCUGCUCUGAAAGCCAAGCUCCUGGUGUCUGAUCACAGCCAUGAAGGGUGGCUGGACUUCCGAUCACUGAUUAAAUCAGCAUCCCCAGACCACACUUGUAUUAAGUCAAAGACGGAGGAUCCCAUGGUCAUCUUCUUCACCAGUGGGACCACAGGUUAUCCCAAGAUGGCAAAACACAGCCAUGGACUUGCCUUACGGUCCUGCCUUCUUUCAUGCAGGAAAUUACUGCAGCUGAAGACAUCCGAUGUCCUCUGGUGCCUGUCAGACCCAGGAUGGAUUCUGGCUAUCGUGGGGUGCCUGCUUGAACCAUGGGCAUCAGGGUGUACACUGUUCGUCCACCGCCUGACACAGUUUGACCCCAAGGUCAUUGUACAGGUGUUAUUCAAAUACCCCAUCACUCAAACCAUUGCUGCACCAGGUGUAUAUCGAAUGAUUCUGCAGCAGAAAUUCACCAAUCUCAGGUUCCCAACCCUGGAGCACUGCUCUACUGGUGGAGAGGCCCUCCUGCCUGAGGAGCUUGAGCAGUGGAGAAAACACACGGGCCUUCUGCUUCAUGAGGUCUAUGGACAGUCAGAAACGGGCAUAACCUGUGGAGUCCUCCGGGAUAUGAAGCUCAAGCUGGGUUCCAUGGGGAAGACUAUCUCUCCCUUUGACAUCCAGAUCAUUGAUGACAAAGGUCACAUCCUUCCUCCCAACACUGAGGGAUACAUUGGCAUCAGGAUCAAGCCCUCCAGACCCACAGGUCUCUUCAUGUACUAUGAGAAUAACCCUGAGAAGACUGCUGAAGUGGAAUGUGGAGACUUUUACAACACUGGAGACAGAGCGACCAUGGAUGAAGAGGGCUACAUCUGGUUCCUGGGGAGGGGAGAUGACGUCAUCAAUGCCUCUGGGUACCGCAUUGGGCCAGUAGAGGUGGAGAACGCCUUGGCAGAGCACCCUGCUGUGGCAGAGUCUGCGGUGGUGAGCAGCCCAGACUCCACGCGAGGGGAGGUGGUGAAAGCAUUUAUUGUCCUGAAUUCUCAGUUCUUGUCCCAUGACAAGGAGCAGCUCAUCAAGGAGCUGCAGCAGCAUGUGAAGUCAGUGACAGCACCAUACAAGUACCCAAGGAAGGUGGAGUUUGUCACAGAGUUGCCCAAAACGAUCACUGGUAAAAUUAAACGGAAGGAACUUCGGAAAAAGGAGUUUGGUCAGAUGUAG